AUGUGUAUUGACUAUCGACUUCUAUCCGCUAUCUCUCAUCUGCUAGUUGGUUUUGAGAAAGCACUCUGGUUCAUGAGCAUGGAUAUGGCCAGCGGGUUCUGGGCAAUCAGGAUGACAAGCCAAGUUGAUUUCAGCUUUCUGAUCAACAAUUGCCUGUGGGGAUUCGUGAGUCUGACACCAGAGGAGGAGGCGGAAGUAGACCAAGAAGUUUUGGAUUACCGGAAUCUGGACCCCCAGGAUGAUGGACCUCCAGGGUGUGGCACUCCAGUGUGUGGCACUCCAGGGUGUACUGGUUGCGAAGACGGCCACAUUUCUCGGUCUAUACCGACCCUGGCGGACCAAAUGACAGUGUUCAAGAGGAACAUCCCUGCUCCGACGCAGAUGUCACCUGUCUUAGGGCGCAGUUCGUAUAUCGACGAUAUCGUACAUGGCGCACCGACUUGGAAUGCGUUGUGUGCUGAUUGGGAUGCCUUGCUAUACAGGCUGCGGUAUUGGAACAUCUCAGUGAGUCUGCCGAAGAGCGAGUUCGGGAAAUUGUCCAUUCCGUAUUUGUCGCAUGAGAUUAGCGCUGAAGGAAUCAGGGCAACACCGAAGAUCGCUAAGGGUGUUCAGGAUUUACCGUUCCCAACUACAAUGAAGGGAGUGCAAACUUUCUUGGGCAGCCUGAAUUAUUACCAUAAAUUCAUAGACUAUCCUGUGAUUGCAGCCUCCCUGUAUGAACUCUCGGAUGGCCAAGUACGUUCAGGGCGAGAUCUAUCCAGGGCAAAGCAGGCGUUCGAAAUCCUGAAACACAAGAUCGUGUCGACCCCAGUAUUGAGGCACCCUGACAAGGCCAAACCGUUUGUUAUUGUACCCCAUGCAAAUCAAUGGACUGCCUGUGCAGUCCUGGGUCAAGAACAUGACGGUUUGAUCCAGCCAGUGCGUUUUACGGGGCGUGUUCUCCACGAUGCGGAGCUGAGAUACCACAUCGCCGAAAAAGAGGUCAUCGCCGUGUUGAGGGUACUACAGGUGUUCAGAACACUCAUUCAGGGCUGUCCUCUCAUUGUGUACACUAGACACUCGGUUCUGAAGUGGAUCAUGAAAUCCAAGACAGCAGAUGGGAGAUGCGUACCCUGGGGCGUUUUACGUUCGCAGUGGAAUCUGGACAUCAGGAAGAUCCAGCGAGACGAAGAUGGACUAGUUGCCAUCCUGGGUGCCGGCAUCACACCUCGGGAGCAUCUAGACGAAGUCGCCGAGGAGCUCAUCCCUACCAAUGGUCGUGCGAAACCGCCACCGAUAAUUAGCGUGGAGAUGUUGGAAGAUACCUUUGAGGGUGUCGUUUUAAUCUUUGAUGGUGCAGCCAAGAGAGACCAGGCAAGCUGUGGGUGUAUUUUGUGGAAACUCCCUGGAUGGAAAAUCUUGGAUGCACAGGGUUUCAUCCUGGAAGAUGUCACUAUGAAUGACGUCGAGUACUGCGGACUUUUGAACGGUCUAACCAUGGCACAGGCCAGGGGCGUCAGGGACCUCAUCGCUGUGGGUGACUUACGAAUUGUCAUCCAGCAAGUACAGGGUCUGAUCAACUCUAAUCAGCCUCACUUGCAAAGUUGUGAAGCAUUGAAAGCAAAGUUCGAUUUGGUGAGACUGGUACACGUCAAGUGGGACUUCAAUCAGGCAGCGGAUUACCUGACUUCCAAGACACUGUUGCUCUCCUGGAGUGUCCAAGAAGACGGAGAACGUCAACACCUGGAACAAGUAUCCAAGAUUCAAGAGAAGUUGAUGAAGUCAGCCGAGAGUCACCUGGUGACCGGUCAUUCAGGAUUGAUUUUCACCCAGGGUGAAGGAGGCUGUUCAGACAUUCCUGGAUGCCCCUCUGCCCUGGAUGUCAUGGCGGCUCCACUGCCACAUGCAGCCAAAAUCUUGGUUGCUGUGACACGGGCUAACCAACCGGCGUCAUCAGAACCGCUCGACCCUCUAGAUUAUCAACGAGAGAGGUGGCGGCGAAUCAGGGUGCAUCAGGAACAAGACGAAUAUUUGUGCGAUUUGAGAGAUUUCCUGAACGGAGAAGUCGAUUGUUUCACGUUACGCCGGUUGCGGAAGAUCGCCAAGGUCGCAGACCUGUUUGCUCUGGAUGCCCGUGGUGUGCUGUAUCGGUUAGCCCAGUUCACCCGAGUGCCGGCCACCCUGAGAGAUGACGUCUUACAUUAUGCCCACGAGGAUUUUCAGGGUGGACACCAGGGCAUCAAACGGACUCACGACAAGUUGUGCUCUGAAUUCUACUGGCCCGGGAUGUAUGCAGACGUAGAACGGUACGUGGAACGGCACGUAAACGUGUGUGUGGAUUGUGCGAGCGGCAAAGGACAUCCGUCUAACCCGGUCCAUCUCCGGGAAACAUCAAACCAAGACGACCAUUUGAGGUGGUCUCGAUGGAUUUCAUGA